AUGUCGGACUCCAACCAGCCAAGCCAACUCUCCGGAGGUAUCAAGCAGGUGCAAGGUGCGUCUCGAGCAGCUUUCGCAUCCCUCGGGUCGUGGGAAACGAUGAGCCCGACACUGAUAGAGCGUUGUGUACUCUUGCAUUCCUCGCAGGCACUGUCACUGAGCAGAUUGGAAACCUCACUGGCUCCAACGACUGGAAGGCAUCCGGUGCCCAGACCCGCACCGAGGGCGAGGCUGAGCAGAAGGCAGCGCAAGCCAAGGAGUACGCCGAGGGUGAGUGAUCCUUCUCUCGUCGAGGCACAGAGCGAUGAGGAUGGCUAUACGGUUUGUUCGGCAUCACCAGGCUUCACCCUCCGGUGCAGUCGGGAAGCUUGCGUAGACAUUCACACACGAAUGCCUGCUCAUCACUGUUUGGUGCUAGAAGUUAACAUUUUGUGCCUUUUUGCGAUCCCUUAGGCGCCACCGACUCCGUCGGCGGAUACAUUCAAAGUGUCAAGGGCGCCGUCACUGGCGACAAGACCGAGCAGAUUGCCGGCAACGCCCGCAAGGAGGCAGGUGACGCUCAGCGCGCUGCCAACAAGCCCACCUAA